AUGGACAGCGUCAAGAAUAACGACAACAUAAACAACACCAUGAACUGCAAGGCGACGGAGAACACGGACAACAACAACAACGACAUCAGCAUGGCAAAGUGCGUGACAAACAAGCCCAGCUGCAAGCGUGCGGUAGAGCCGAACCCUCUGCUGUACAAGGCUGCAGCGAGGAACCUUUGCGAGUACCACGGUGUCCCCUCAAUGACGGCGGGCGGCCUGGAGAAGACCAUGGUCCUGCUUCAGCUCCGCCCCGGCCGCCUCGUGGCGCAGGGACUUGCCCCAAAGCAGCUCCUCGAGGGAAAAUCAGCAGCUGGCGACGCUGACGCGGACAACACCGACAGCAGCAGCAGCAGCAGCGGUAGCGGAUCCGAAGUCGACCCAGAGCAAGCGGACAACAACCAGGUCUCGGACGACUCGAACACCAACAGCAGAGACGGCACCGACAUCGAGCACGACCACGUUGCCACCCAGGACAGCAUCGACAUCGAGACCGGAGCCAGCAAGCACCCCAUCCACGCGGUCUUUGUCGCCGCAGGCGUCCAGCUCCGGCCCCGCGAAACCAGGCCGUUGCUCCGCGGGGUGGUCCUCCUCACCAGCAGCCCGGUCGCCCUGGAGGUCGUGGCCACCACCACCACCGCGGCGGUCGAGGCAUGGGUAGGCCUCGCGGCCCCCAUCCGCAUGACCCUCCCCCGCACCGCCAUGGCCGCGGCCACGGCCACGGCAGGCGUCCUGGCCACGGUGAUCACCGCCGCUGGUCCAGCCCUACCCCCGGAACACCCCGCGGACCGUUCGAAGAAUACGGUGGGCUGCACCUGCUCCGCGGACCUGGCCACCACCACCACCACCACCACCACGGCGGCGAGAGCGAAGGAGAAGAAGAAAUGGCGAUGAUGCAAGCCGGGCCGCGCGGUCCUGCCCGUGGAGUGCCCCCCCCUCCGCACCUACGCAAACAACACGGCGGUUCUCGUCCCCACGGGAUGCCCAUGCACGACCGCCAAAUGCACCCCCACCACGGACCCGGCCACCACCACCACGGCGGCGGCGAGAGCGAAGGAGAAGAGGAAAUGGUGAUGAUGAAUGCUGGGCCGCGUGGCCCUCCCCACGGAAUGCACCCCCCCAAGCACCUACGCGAACAACACGGCGGUUCUCGUCCCCACGGGAUGCCCAUGCACGACCGCCAAGUGCACCCCUUCCGCGGAGUUCGCAGCUUCCACGGCGAGGGCGUACACAGCGGCGGGGGUGAAGGAGAGCGUGGUCCUGGAAUGCACAUGGGCCCAGGUCACCGCGCCCACCCUAGUCGCCACCCGGAACACCACGGCAUGCACCGCCUGGACAGCGACGGAGACGCCGCCGGUACUGACAUGGGCCAUGGCCCCGUUCCUCUCAGGGCAGGACGGCACCACCACCGCAGCCCCGUCGGUCUACACCAGGGACUGCACGGCCCGCCCCCCGGCCCGCCGGGCAUGCGGGGCGGAAUGCGGUGCGAGGACUUCGGUGACGACUUCCACCCCCGGCAGCAUCAGCAUCAGCGCCAGCACCAGCAGCACUUGCAGCACUUGCAGCAGCAGGGAAGAAUGGCGGCGGGCCCUGGCCACGUUCACCCAUGUCACGAGAGCCCUGCCCCCCCACUGAUGAUGCCGAUGCAGGCCUACUGAGAAUAACAAGCACCGUGAUCUACGGCUGGUCGAACGGUGUGUUGCUGCUGAACAGAAAGCUACGACAAGGCAGCAGCAUUGACCUGGAGUAGAAAGUAGUUGUUCGGUGGAAGAACGAGAGACGGUAGUGUUUCGCUUGAUUUGUUUUUGACGUGCUCGGAAUUCGUAUUUCUUUAUUUGCAGUUGGGCAGAAGCCUCCCUCGGAAAAACUGAUACGAGGGACACGGUACACACCUGUACGUGGUACGGAACGUUCUAGAAGGCCUCUGCGCUAUUGCAGCCGUAGUGUAGUACGUUGUGUGUGCUUGAAGAGUUUUUGCAUUCCUAUGUUGUGUGUGUUUUUUAGUGGGUGUACACGACCAGGUGUUAAGUGUAUAUUUCUGCCCCCUGACGAACGUCUUUGCUCUGGGUAGCGUUGGCAAAUGUGUUGUCGCAGGUAGCAGGCGUGAAUUGUCUCUAUUGGCAAUCAAACGGUGAAUUUAUUUUGGUUCGAGCGUUGCUAAAACGGUGAUGCACUGAGGAGGAGGGGGGUGCUCGCCCCUGGGUGAUAUAUUGUGGUUUUUGUGUGUUGCGGAAAGAGGUUGUAGCGGGGUGAGCCUCGUUGAGGGUCGGAAUGGAUAUUUUCAUUUGUUUUUGUGUGAACGGUGUGUUGCAUGUCGUCGGAGGCCGCUUUCAACAGUAGAAAUAGUUGCGUUGCAGGCGGAAGGGGACACACAGAAGGAGAGUAGUGCAGCCACAUAAGCGCUGGUAACACAUGUCUUAGCGGCAAGGCGUACGUGCGUGUCGUUGUCUGCAGUCCUGCCUGCGUUAUGUAGCUGCAGCGGGCAGCACCGAGUCU